AUGGCGGCCGCCACGGGCCCCGGUCCGUUCACCGCGCCCGGCCACGCCCCCGGCUACGGCUACGCGCGGCCGUACCAGUUCCAGUACGGCGUGUCCGACCCCGUCACCGGCACCGUGUUCUCGCACGAGGCGAACAGCGACAGCCAGACGGUGCUCGGCUCGUACUCGGUCGACCUGCCCGACGGCCGCACCCAGCACGUCCGCUACAUCGCCGACCAGGUCGGCGACGGCGGCUACAACGUCGUCGUCACGUACGACGGCGUGGCGCAGUACCCGAAGACGGUGCCCGCGGUGCACGGGCCGGCGGCCUACGGCGCCGCUCCCGUCCACCUGCUGAAGCCCGCAGCCGCCUACACGGCCGGAGCUGGUGCCAAGACGUCAAGCCUGGCCUACGGAAAGCCGCUGGCGUACGCUCCCGCCUCUGCCUACGGUGCGGCUCCAGUGCACCACAGGGCGUCCGGCUACGCUGGUUCAUCUGUCGGGGCGCCCGGCUCUGCUCACCACGCCGGGACGGGGGGCCAUCACGUCCCCGCCCAUUCGCACUCAUCAGCUUAUGAACCCAAGGCGGCCUACGCCGCUAGCGCUCCUCACACUGCUGCGCCUGCGUUCAACCAUCUUUCUGCCUAUAAGACAUCCUCUGCUUACACGCCGUCGCCCGCCAACAAGCCGUCCUCUGCCUACAAGCCAUCAUCCGCCUAUAAGCCGUCCGCUGCCCACAAGCCCACUUCUGCCUACGCUGCUGCGCCCGCUUACAACCCCAGCUUUGCUUAUAACUCUAAGUCAGCUUACGCUGCCGGUGUUUUCCACGGCGUGGCUCCUGCCUACAGCCACCCAUCCGCCUACGCUCCCGUCUCAGCAUAUACCGCUGGCGCUCCGCACCCCGCCAUCCCCGCAUACACCCACAUAUCCGCCUAUAAGCCCAUAUCGACGUACGCCUCUGGUGCCCCGCACGCCGCAGCCCCUGCCUAUGCUCACUCCGCUGCCUACAUGCCUGAGUACUCCUACGCCAACGGAGCCGGUUACCAUGCCUACUCGAACGUUUCUCCAUACCAUCCUGCCAACUCUUUCCACGGUGGGGCCGGCUACCACCCGGUUCGCGCCUACAGCCCCGCCCUGGCCAGCGGCCCGCACCGCGGCUAUCCAGCUCCCGUCUCCGGGUACGAUGGGAAGACCGCCCACAGGCUGGGCGGCGCCCACGACCAACUCGCGGCGCACGAGUCGGCGGCUGGCCACGGGUCAGCGGCAUCUUACCGGCUUCAGUCCGGGCAUGGCAGCCCGUCGGCACACAAACCCGUCCCGGUCCAUGGCAGCCAGCCCUACUCUGAGCCUGCUCCGGCAUACGCGCCAUCCGCGCCGUACAAGCUUGCCUCCGCCUACGGCGAUGCCUCCGCCCACCAGUCUGCCUCCGCGGGUGCUCAUCCCUCCAGCUACAAGCCGGUGUCUGGCCGAGGCUCUGGCUCCUCAGCGGCUUACGGCGCGCACCCCAAGUCCAGCGCUGCGUACCACGGCUCCCCCAGCCCGAAGACGUCGUCAGCAGCCUACGGUCACGGCGCCAGCUCUGCGCACGCCAGCCUGGGACACGGCAGCAACAGCGUCCACAGCUCUACCGGCAGCUACGGCCACAGCUCGGCGAAGGCCCACAGCUCCACCGGCAGCUACGGCCACAGCUCGGCGGAGGCCUACGGCUCCACCGGCAGCUACGACGACAGCUCUGCGGAGGCCCACGGCUCCACCGGCAGCUACGGCCAUAGCCCGGCGGAGGCCCACGGCUCCACCGGCAGCUACGGCCAUAGCUCGGCGGAGGCCCACGGCUCCACCGGCAGCUACGGCCACAGCUCGGCGGAGGCCCACGGCUCCACCGGCAGCUACGGCCACAGCUCGGCGGAGGCCCACGGCUCCACCGGCAGCUACGGCCACAGCUCGGCGGAAGCCCACGGCCACGGCGGCUCUCUUUCGUACGCGCCAGCUAAGCCUGUGUACAAGGCACUGUCUCCGCCCAAGAAAAUCGAGUUCGUCCACGUGUAUCAUCCCGGGCCCUACCACAAGACGAAGUCCCAUUAA